CGAUCUGGUUCAGGGCUCUGAGCUGUUUACGAGAUUUCAGUAGUUACACUCCCCCUUGGGAAGUCGCCCCGUGGUGUUGCCAAGAGCGCACGGCAGCCCAGUGCUGUCCUUUUUUGGGUUGAAAACUCUUCGGCAGAGUUUCUGUCUCCCGGCAGUGAGCGAGCGGGGAGCCACGCCGAGGAUCAUGACCGGGAGCAACAUGUCGGAGGCCUUGGCUAGUGCCACCUGUGGGCACUGCCGCUCGCACUUUGACCCCAUGGAGCGAAUCGUCAAUAGCAACGGGGAGCUCUACCAUGAGAAGUGCUUUGUCUGUGCUCAGUGCUUCCAGCAGUUUCCAGGAGGAGUCUUUUAUGAGUUUGAAGGCAGGAAGUACUGUGAACACGACUUCCAGAUGCUUUUUGCACCUUGCUGUGGACAAUGCGGGGAGUUCAUCAUCGGCCGUGUCAUCAAAGCAAUGAAUAAUAACUGGCACCCGGAUUGCUUCUGCUGUGAGAUUUGCUCGGUGGCCUUGGCUGACUUGGGCUUUGUGAAGAAUGCGGGCAGGCAUCUCUGCAGACCCUGCCACAACCGGGAGAAAGCAAAGCACCUUGGCCAGUACAUCUGCCAGAAAUGCCACCUGAUCAUUGACGAGCUGCCCCUGAUGUACAAGAAUGAUCCAUAUCACCCUGAUCAUUUCAAUUGCACCAACUGUGGAAAGGAACUGACGGCCGAAGCACGGGAGCUGAAAGGGGAACUCUAUUGCCUUCCCUGCCAUGACAAGACGGGCAUACCCAUCUGUGGGGCGUGUCGAAGGCCAAUUGAGGGGCGCGUUGUGAAUGCCCUGGGGAAACAGUGGCAUGUUGAGCAUUUUGUUUGUGCAAAGUGUGAGAAGCCUUUUCUGGGGCACCAUCACUUCGAGCGAAAAGGACUGGCCUACUGUGAGAAACAUUACAACCAGCUGUUUGGAGACGUCUGCUACCACUGCAACCGUGUGAUUGAGGGUGAUGUGGUGUCAGCUCUCAACAAGACCUGGUGUGUCCACUGCUUUGCUUGUUCCACCUGUCGCUCCAAGCUCACCCUGAAGAACAAGUUUGUGGAGUUUGACAUGAAGCCUGUAUGCAAAAGAUGCUACGAGAAGUUCCCGCUGGAACUGAAGAAGCGGCUGAAGAACCUGACUGAGAAAAACUCUGGGAAGUAAAGCCAGGAUGGGAACAAUCCGUGAAUCCGGAAUCACCUAGUUCCUGUCAGAUGUCAGCACAGGGGUUGGGGAUGCUCUAAAUAUACUCUGCAGGGAGGGAGUGACAUGAUGCUUGACCAGAUAUUCAUUGCUGUACAGUGGGGUGGGGGCAAGGGGGUGUUACUUGUGGCUCCAGUGAAGGGACCCAGGUCUGUGCCUGCUAGUGCAUCCUCUGUGUUCCCUGACUGACCAAAAAGUGAAAUGUUGAACCAACUCCUGUGAAAACAAGUGUUUCUGGUGACACUGCUGGAGCAACCACAGGAAUUCAAGCAACACGGCCUGCUACUGUGUACCAUCUGCACUGAUAAUGAACAGUCAACAACAGGAAUUCAAGCAACACGGCCUGCUACUGUGUACCAUCUGCACUGCUAAUGAACAGUCAACAACAGGAAUUCAAGCAACACGGCCUGCUACUGUGUACCAUCUGCACUGAUAAUGAACAGUCAACAACAGGAAUUCUGCAGAUGCUGGAAAUUCAAGCAACAUACAUCAAAGUUGCUGGUGAACGCAG